AUGUCUCGGUUGCUAGAACCGCCAGCUAAGUUUCUACCGCCUGAGUGGAAAUAUGCGAACCAGGUACAUCUUAGGAAUGCCGAAGCCGAGAGAGCACGCUCUGAACGCCUAACCGCCGAAUGUAGGAGACUGAUAGAGGAAAGCAACAAGUCUGCCAAGCGCAUGCAGAAGGAUGCCAGCAAGAGAUUAGAGCAGAGAAUCCAUGACAUUAAGUUCUGGAGGCAGGAAUUAGACCAGAAGCUUGAGGAUAUGGUACAGGAGAUUGAGCUGCUCAUCACCUUUAAGAGGAGGGUUGAACGAGCUUUAGAGAGCUGCUCGGAGCCACUCAAGGUCACUCUGCAGUGUCUGGAGGAAAGAGAGAAGCGAGUGGGAUUUGACCGGGUGCACGAUGAGGUGGAGCGAGAGUUGAUGAAGGAGAAAGAAGUUAUCGAGGGAGUGGCCGCUCUCUUACAGCAAACUCUGGAGCAGAUCACUGAGCAAAUCAGACUGAACCGCUCGGCUAAGUACCACCUGGAGAAAGACCUGCGUGACAAGUUUCAGGCAGAGAAAAUCGAUGACUUUUGUUCCAUCCUCACCAGCACAUCUUCCAGUAUUGAGGGUCAGGUGAAUGGAAACAUUGACAGAAAUGCAGACCUCAGCACAAUCAGCACUGCAGUGACUCGGGAGGAAUGGGAGUCCUUUUCUGAUGUUAACAUCUACAAAACAGAGAAAGAGAAGAAUAACUCGCUCACUCUGCGGGCUCUGGUGGAAAGCCUGUUGGAGCAGACGGCUGCAGACAUGCAGAGACAGAACAAGGCCACGGGCAUUGCUCUCGAGCGGUGCAUUCAGGAGACCAAGAUUGCAAAGGCACAGCUAGAGGAGACUCUUAAUAAGCUUUUGGCAGAGAUCGCAAGUCAGCAGAGAAACCUGGAGGGUCUGAGGGUGGCUAUCUCAGACAAAGAGGGCCCACAGAAAGUGGCACAAACACGGUUAAAUGCCCGCAGUCGGAGACCAACGAACGAACUGUGCCACGACCUUGCACAUGUCCGAUUGCUCGCUGAGGUCGAGGAGCUGACAAGACACAUCAAUCGGCUCAGAGAGAGCCUGGCUAAAUCAGAGCUGGAGCUGAGAGAACUGACCCGCAACCAGCUGGCCUUGGAGAAGGAGAUCCAGGUCAAGUCUCACUCUCUUUACAUAGACGAGGUCAUCUGCACCCAGCUGCGCCAGCCAAUCAGCAUUCACAACUUCUGA